AUGCCUCAGCUCGCCCAAGAGGCCCCUGCUCUGCCAGAGACACCUGAUUUUCGCACCGUCGCCUAUGCCGACAUCCCCCCUCAGCGCUCCGGCCGCACGGCCCCGGCCCGUGUGCCGCUGGAACAGCGCGCAGAGAAGGGAAUGGGUUCCUUGCCCAAGACGGACCCUAAGAUCACGAAGACCGCCGACAACAGUGCUGAAACUCCGCAUUUCUCUAGUGAUCCGGCCCAGGCCCCGGCCCAGAUUCCGGCCCUUACCCCACCUGAACAGAACCCGGAGAAGAAGGUGGAGUCUGUCCCGAAUAAGGGCAUGGCAAGCAUGGAACACAGCCGGUGGGCUAUAAGCAAGGAAGACCUGGAGGCGAAGGCGAACUCCCCCAAGCCCAACAGGAACAUGUGCAAGAGCCGUUGGGCUAGGAAGGACGGCCAGAAGGGCAAGAAAUUUCAAAAGAAGUAG